GCUGUUACGUUGACGACGCAGUUGCAUAUCCACUGCGAUUGCGUAGAAGGCGUAGAAGGAAAACAGCUGGACGUCAGUUGCGAUUGUUGUCGUGUUCGUGGUGGUGUUCCGGCCACACGAUGUUAGAUUUCUUUGUUAUAUUCACAAAGGGAGGCAUCGUGCUUUGGUGUUUUGAAGGCACCAAAGAUUUAUUCGCUCCAUCUGUAAAUGCAUUAGUGAAAAGUGUCCUUUUACAGGAGCGCACAGGCAUCUCAUCAUUCACAGAUGCAAGCUGGACACUCAAAUACCGACUGGACAACGAGUUCGACCUGGUGUUUGUUGUCGGCUUCCAGAAGAUAUUACAGCUUUCCUAUGUGGACAAACUACUGGAUGAUGUACAGCGGGAGUUCCGGGAUAAAUUUGAAAACCUGCUCACCGAGCACAGCUAUUAUCAGAGGUUCUCGUUCGACUCGCGGUUCGCGCAGCUGCAAACGGUGGCCGAACAGUGGGGACAGCAGAAGGCGGAGGCCCCACGCACCAUGCGCUCCUUCGAGCAGUCGCAAAAGUCGCAGAAGACGGUCGCUUCCAUGAUUGAGAAAAAGGGAGGCGAUAACAAGGAAAAUAAGAAGCCGGGGAAGGAUAAGAAGAAGAAGAAGGGAGCUGAAGAGCCGGUGGCGAAGCCGGCUCCCGCCCCGGAGCCGGAGCCGGAGCCGGAGCCGGAGCCUGCUCCGGAGCCGGGGAUGUCGCAGGAGGACCAGAUCAAAGCCAACCGGCGCAAGAUGAUGAUGAAGAUGUCCGGUGGAGGCGGCAAGAAGAAGGAACCCAAGUCGCCCAAGUCGCCGGCGGCCGGCGGUGGCGGCAAGAAGGGCAAAGAGGCGCGCAUCUGGGCGCUCUCGGGAGGGCAGAAGGAUGCCGCCAGCCUCGAUUUCUCCGAGGCCGGCGAUGGCAAGGCGUCCAAGCGGCCCGAAUUCGUACCUGAUACUAGUAUGGUAGGAGCCAUGGCUGGAAAUAUCCAGGACAUGGAAGUUGAUGAAGAAAGUGAGCCGGAGGAGCAGCAGUCCGCGGCACCGACCAAACAGAAGUCGGGCGGUGUGUUCGGAAUGUUCAAGAGUCUGGUGGGCAGCAAGACCAUCACCAAGGAGAACGUGACGCCGGUGCUGAACCAGCUGAAGGACCACCUGGUCGGGAAGAACGUGGCGGCCGACAUCGCGGCCAAACUGUGCGACUCGAUCGCUCUCAAACUCGAGGGAAAGGUUCUCGGCACGUUCGAGGGCGUGGCGCAGACCGUGCGCCAGACCCUGGUCGACUCGCUGGUGCAGAUCCUCUCGCCGAAGCGGCGUAUCGACAUUCUGCGUGAUGUGAUGACGGCUAAACAGUCGGGCAGGCCGUACGUCGUCGCCUUCUGCGGCGUCAACGGCGUCGGCAAGAGCACCAACCUCGCCAAGAUUUGUUUCUGGCUGAUCGAGAACGGGUUCAGCGUGCUGAUCGCCGCGUGCGACACGUUCCGCGCCGGAGCCGUGGAGCAGCUGCGGACCCACACCCGCCACCUGAACGCGCUGCACCCGCCAGAGAAACACGGCGGCAGGCAGAUGGUCCAGCUGUACGAGAAGGGAUACGGCAAGGACCCGGCCGGUAUCGCCAACGACGCGAUCGGGUUCGCCCGGGAGAGCCGGGUGGAUGUAGUGCUGAUUGACACGGCCGGUCGGAUGCAGGACAACGAGCCGCUCAUGCGCGCCCUGGGAAAGCUGAUCAAGGUGAACGAGCCGGACCUGGUGCUGUUCGUGGGCGAGGCGCUGGUCGGUAACGAGGCCGUCGACCAGCUGGUCAAGUUCAACCAGUCGCUGGCCGACCACUCUGCCUCCGACCGGCCGCACACCAUCGACGGCAUCGUGCUGACCAAGUUCGACACCAUCGACGACAAGGUGGGUGCGGCCAUCUCGAUGACCUACGUCACCGGUCAGCCGAUCGUGUUCGUCGGCUGCGGUCAGACCUACACCGACCUGCGCAACCUGAACGCCCGCGCCGUCGUCACCUCCCUGAUGAAGUAGACGAACACGCCGGCCGGCCGGCUCCGGUCACUACGGACUUCGGAUGACCUUGGAUGACCCUGGAUAACCUCGGCUGACCCUGCGCGACCUUUGCUGACCUCGGCUGACAGACGGCUUUGGUUGACUGGUAGACCUUAGCUGAUCAAAGGAGACCUUCGUUGACCAUUGAGACCUUGGCUGAAGCCGGCUGACCCCAGACACUUCGGCUCUGACCCUGUCGCUUUACAUUUUCCUCCCGCCUGAUUCUGCUUUACGCCACACUCGUCCAAAGUCUUGGGUUCUAUUUAACGCAGUCUAUAUAUCUAACCAAUUACUAGUUAGUCGCCGGUAAUUUGUCUACGAACAGUGCGCAUCCUCGAGGUAGUGCGGAUCCGUGUAAUCACCCAAAGCAGACGAACUGUUCCGUUUCCACUAACCAAGAGUUGUCUAUUUUGUCGUCUGCUGCCAUGCCAAGCUCGGCGGUACCUACCAUACUACGUCUCGAGAUUUCGUCCGAGCUGGGACGAAGAGCCGGGAGAGUGGUCCCGUUUUGUGUUGUUUUAAUGUAAAUGAAUAUCUAUCAUUGUUUGCAAAUUAUUGUGCGGGUUUCGUG